CCAAGACUGUGGACGCCUACAGGGGAGGGCGCCCACACUCAACCGCACCCCGCCGGAUGUGCACCCCACUUUACCAGCUCGGGUUUGGGGCUACGGGAGUUCCAGAAGGCCCUGCCUCUCAGAAGAUGCACUAUUACAGAUACUCAAAUGCUGAGGUCAGCUGCUGGUACAAGUACCUCCUGUUCAGCUACAACAUCGUCUUCUGGUUGGCUGGAGUUGUCUUCCUCGGAGUUGGGCUGUGGGCAUGGAGUGAAAAGGGUGUGCUGUCUGACCUCACCAAAGUGACCCGGCUGCAUGGCAUCGACCCGGUGGUGCUGGUCCUGAUGGUGGGCGUGGUGAUGUUCACACUAGGCUUCGCCGGCUGCGUGGGGGCCCUGCGGGAGAACAUCUGCCUGCUCAAGUUUUUCUGCGGUGCCAUUGUGCUCAUUUUCUUCCUGGAACUGGCUGGUGCUGUCCUGGCCUUCCUGUUCCAGGACUGGGUGAGAGAUCGAUUCCGGGAGUUCUUUGAGAGCAACAUCAGGUCCUAUCGGGAUGACAUUGACCUGCAGAACCUCAUCGAUUCACUGCAGAAAGCUAACCAUUGCUGCGGGGCAUAUGGCCCUGAAGACUGGGACCUCAAUGUAUAUUUCAACUGCAGUGGUGCCAGCUACAGCCGUGAAAAGUGUGGGGUGCCCUUCUCCUGCUGCGUGCCGGAUCCAGCGCAAAAAGUUGUGAACACACAGUGUGGAUAUGAUGUCAGGAUUCAGCUAAAGAGCAAGUGGGAUGAGUUCAUCUUCACAAAGGGCUGUAUCCCGGCCCUGGAGGGCUGGCUGCCAAGGAACAUCUACAUUGUGGCCGGCGUUUUCCUUGCCAUCUCACUCUUGCAGAUUUUCGGCAUCUUCCUGGCGAGGACCCUGAUCUCAGACAUUGAGGCAGUAAAGGCGGGUCACCACUUCUGAGGAGCCAAGCCAUGUUGUGGAGGCCCAGCCUUUACCACCACCAACCUGCCCUCACAGGAAAGGAGCUGAAGCUGAGAGCCACCCAGAGCCAGAGCCAUCUUCGGCAUCAGCGUGAUGUGACCUCUCUGUUUCUGCUUGCUGGUGCUGAAGACCAGGGCUCCUUCUUACAUGCUUGGACUUGAGACUGCAUCCCCAGGGUUCACCUGGUGGAAAAUGUGUCUUCCCAUGUGGUGAUGACUCUGAGGGACAGAUGGGACCCCCGCGGUUACAAAGAGGGCUUCACUCAGCCUGCCUGGAGCCCGAGGGCAUCUGCAGGCCCCCGCCUUUCACUGUAGCCUGGGCUCAUGGGCAAUCACAUCUUCCAAGGGUGAGCUGGGGACUGAGGACAGAAGGUGAGGACAGGGUUGGUCCUCUCCAUUAAGUCAAGCAGCACAGGGCCUUCCCUACUCGGGGAUAGGGGGUGUUGGGGUGGUAGGUAACCCCAGUACUUCAGCCACAUCAACAUGAAGCGAGCCUGAGCCAGUGUGUGACUAGUACCCCAGCCAGCAGCCCCUCUACCAGGGUGGGCAAGAUCAGACUCCAGUCUCCACAGCAUUAAGCCUCAAGGGCACCAGGGAGGUUGGGGUGGGCCCCAGAUCUUUGCUGAGAGCCGGCUCUCCUGUCUUUGUGUACAUAGUUUAUUUAUAGUGGUAAAAGUGUCCUCACAGCAGGCCUGCGUUUUCUCUUCCUUUCCUCGGGCAUUCUCUCAGCAGCCUUAUACGGUGUCCCUGGAGUGUC